GGGCAUGUGGAAGAUGGGGUCAACUUGGUCUCAAAUUCUGUCGCUUCACUCUUCUGUGUGAAAACUUCGGAGUCGAUUCUCCAAAGUUUGCACGGAAUCGAAAAUUCGACUCCUUCUGAGAUUCAGAGCCCUGAGCAAGACCGAGUAAUGGCCGAUGUGUUUGGACAGUUUAGUUUACUGAGGCUGAGGUAACAGUGACGAUUAAUUACAAAUUUUACCCGAAUAAAAAUGGCUACAGCGAAAAACGAGGACGAACGAAGAACAGAAGGGGAUGUUAAGGGACUGAACGGGCAUGUUGAGGUGUCGAGGACGGAGUACUGUAAUAAACUGCGGGAGUGGAUGUGGAACUACUACUGCGGCUACGCGAGCUGGCAGAGCUGGAUGUGCGUGUCGGCGCUACCGUUAUCUCCUCCGUGGUUCCCGCCGCAGCCCGGCAGCCAAGCGGCUAACGUUCCUCCUUAUCCACCCGCCCCGACAUCUGCGGACAUCUCUAACUGGUACAUUCAGCUCACCAGUCCGCCUCACAUGAACGCCACAGCGACUCCUCAGGCCGGGAAUUCACCAACAUCCACACCCCCGGCGGCGGCUGCUAGUCCGGCGCAGGCGAAUGGAAACCCGCCUCAGCAAGCAGGUAGAGAGUACACCAUUCCCUCACCUUUACACAGAUUUCUAGCUGAAAUGGUGGAUUUCUUCAUCCUCUUCUGCGUUAAAGCGACUAUAGUUUUGUGGAUAAUGCACCUAAGUGGAAUGAAGGACAUUUCUAAGGUCAUCAUGCAGUUUGUAGUGGAGGAGAUCGAUGAGAACACGUCUCUGGAGGACCUGCAGAAGAUGAUGGUGGUGGCUCUGGUGUACAGGGUAUUGGUUUGUUUCUAUGAGAUUAUCUGUAUUUGGGGAGCCGGAGGUGCCACACCUGGGAAAUUCCUGCUCGGAUUGCGUGUCGUCACGUGCGAUUCUAUAGUAUUGGUACGACCCAACCGCGUCCUUGUGGUACCAGCAUCUAAUGUCACCCUAUCAGCAUCCACUGUACGGGCCUUGAAUAAGAAUCUCUCCAUUGCGUUCCUCUUUCCGGUCUUCAUCACACUGCUCUUCUUCCAGCACAACAGGACUGUGUAUGACAUUGUGGCAGGAACCAUCGUGGUCCGGCGUAGGGGGGCCAGAUGACCAGUUCAGAGAGUGACUGAAUGUAAAAUAGUAUUACUGAAGCCUAAAGGUUCUAGCCAUAGAAGGUCAGACCUGUUUUCUGUUUAAUUUUAAUAAAUAUAUUUAAUUUAUUUGAUUGUAUGUUUGUUAGUUGCAUUUUAGUUGUUAAACAUGUUGCUUGUUAAUACACUCCAACCAAAAAUCAGAAAUUUAACCAUUGAUGCAUCAGUUGUAAAGAUGCCUACUCAUCUUUUACAUGUGCUCAUGUACUGGCCUCUAAGAAUACUUGGGAUUACAGCUGCUUGUAGUUUGGGCUUUGUAGAGUUUCUAGAUUUGUAGAUUUACAAGCUGCCUUACUAGAUUAUGUACAGGGAAGUCAGAGAUCAGCAUGAAUUACUUCAGAGAGAGGCACAGCGAUACCCAGCCUUACAAGUCUGAGUGCGUACACACGAUGAAGAGGUGCGGCAUGAGGCAGGACUUAGACUAGCAGGAAAGCUUUUAAUAAUCAGCACAUCUUCUCAAAAGAAACUGAGGACAGGUAACAAAGUACACACUUCGUAUGUGUAGUAGGAUAUAAUAUUACAAAGCUAAAGUUAGCUUUGAGAGUGACAGGGCAGGUUUCUUUAGAAUCUUUUGUGUUGAUUUCUCAGGGUAGUUCUGAUGGUAUCACCACUAAACAGCUGUUUUCACCUGCCAUUUUCAUGUGUUGAAGAUCUGCCUCUAGUAACCACUUGUGUUUUUGUGACUAGGCCAAUGCCACAGCUGAUUUGUUGCUUUUGUUGAUGUGAUUUUUAACCCUCGUCUGUUAUCCAUUAGCCACUUAUUGUAAAGUUCUACACAUUUUCCUGGGAAACUGUGAAGAACACCUUCAGCUUUUACCUUCUGUAUUACAUGAGAAGAUCUAAAAUCAGGGCUGGAAAAAUGGUACGUUUAUUAGCGAGCCCACCAGGCAAGUAAAAGCUCCAGCGUGCUGCCCAGCCCAUGUUUUGGUUUAUUAACUGUACUAGCUAUAGUCCUUAUCCUUUCCACAUUGUGUUUGCAACCCUGACACAAAGUCAUUGGUGAAAGUUUGGGAGCUGUGGGGUUCUCUCCUUGUAUUGCAAGAUAUUUGAGUUUGGAUAGCAUCUUUAUUUCCUCUCAACAUGUUUAACGGCGAGGCGACUGUGUGCAGUAAGCAGAGGUAUUAUGACAUUUUGAGGUACGUUAAAUUUUAAACAUAUGAUAGUCAGUAGGAAGUAAGGUUUAUUUUCAUUCUCUAGGGUGUUGAACCUACUUGCCCACCAAGUGACUACGAAAACUAAAAUAUCCUGGACAGGAAUCUGCUUGUCCUGGGCACCCAGGCUACCGAUUCUUCCAAAAAAUAUAUACUGUAGUCUGGUGUUGUUCUUCAGCUGGAAAGAUCUUAUUCUGGGAUGCAUUAUUUUUCCCACACUAUUUUUCUCUUUUCUCUGAAUCCUACCUCUGCACUAUUACAGGCUAGGAGAUCUCACUCAUAAGUGCUAUACAACUACCAACUGGUUACUCACUGUUGCUCCCAAUAUUGCAGUGUAUCAUUGUAAUGCUUGAGUAAGUGUAGUGGCUAAAUAUUGACUGAUGCAAACUUGACACCAUCUGAAAUGGUGUAAUCUGCCAAAAUGUGUUAUUUAAUACUGCAUGACAAACAUUAAAAAUAGUAGUUUUAUGCUGGAAUUCACCUGGAAUUCAACUUUAGAACGUUAAUCACACACAUUGACAAUUUUAGUGAUAUAGGGAAAUGUUAAAUUGUAACUGAUAUGUACUGCAAGUUUCACACAAAUCGUUCAUCUGAGAAGUCUCUUAGUAUUCUCCUCUCGCCGCAAGGUUUAUUAGCGAUAUCCAGAGCCGGACUUUACAGACCAGGUGAACACUGCUCUUAUCAGUUGCACUGCAGUUAGGGAGUUUGGAAGGAAAAAAAAUGUCUGCCCUGUCCAACAUUUUUCUCUCACAUGCUCCUGUCUGGAAUGUUCCACUCUUAAGGCCAUCGGUGUCUUGAAGGCAGCAUAACCAUGAUACAUGUAUAUAAGGACUUAAAAAUAAUGCUCACUGGUGGUUGUCGAUUAAACUUAUCACAAUGCCCAAUUUCCCAUAAUACCGUUGCAUUGUUUUGUGUACAUUAUGUCUGUUUUAUGAUGACUCAAUGAGAGAAUUUAAAAUUUUAUGUAAAAAUC